CAUUAUUUUUCUUGCUAGUAUCAUAAUUUUACCUUUGAUUUUAUGUUAAUCAUACAGGAUUUACAGCUGUGUUUACAAAUCUUGGUAAGAGUACAGGGGACGGUCCAAAGUCGAUUGGUAGUCAUUACACAGGUCAGGACCAUGAAGGACAAGUUGCAUUGUCCAGCGGUAUUCAACUAUGGACUGUGCCAUACAGUGGUGAGUACAGAAUAGAAGCAAUAGGAGCCUCAGGGGGAUACGGUGAGGACAGUCUCAUCAAGAACGGCGGAAGAGGGGCAUGGAUGAUUGGAAACUUUCAUUUAAUCGCAGAUGAGAUCAUUCAUGUCCUUGUUGGUCAAAAAGGGAGAAGUGGGUCUCACAGCACAAAAACUGCUGGAGGCGGAGGAGGUACAUUUGUAGUGAGAGGAAGCAACGCGCCUUUGAUCAUAGCCGGAGGUGGUGGGGGAAUUAAAAAAAUGUCCGAACAACAUCCGAGAUGUGAUGCAUCCAAAAGCACCACAGGGAAUGCUGGGAUCAGCUUUUCAUUGGGCUCGGGGAGAAGCAACGGACAUGGAGGACAGAUUAGUAGUGGGGAUUCUGGUGGUGAUGGCGGCGGCUUCUACAGUAAUGGACAAGAUGCAACGAGCUCUAGGAUUGGAGGUUCAGGAUAUCUUCAGGGGGGAAAAGGUGGAGAGUAUGGAGGUGGGUUCGGAGGUGGCGGUGGUUUUCGUUCAUUCAACAGGGGACCGGGCGGAGGUGGAGGCUACUCUGGAGGACGUGGUGGGUCUAAUGAACAUAUUUCCUGUGGGGGAGGGGGAGGAUCUUUUAACAAUGGAACAAAUCAGCAGAAUGAAUGUUGCUAUAAUAGCGCUGGUCAUGGCUGGGUACACGUCACAUUUCUCAAAUGAAGGGCACAUGGCAAGACUUUUGUUAACGUGUUGCGGUAAAUUACUUUCGCGUGAACUUUGCCCUAAUGUAAAUACAGUUAGCAAUUGAUAAGGUAAAGGUAAAGAAUUACUACUAGCUAGUAUUUUGCACAAAAAAAGUUGUGAAGUCAGUUCAUAUACAGUUAUUAUACUCCUAUAAUUCGUAUUUUAUUUACAGCAUUUUCUCGAAUAAGCGACUGGACGCUUAUUUAAAAUUUUUGCUGAAAGGAGAGGCGCUUAAUUAAUUGAGGGAGUGCUCGUUAGGAAAUUUUUUAACCUGAAGCUGUUCUAUAUAAAG